UGUAAUAUCAAUUGGUAUUUUAGGUUAAGUACACAAAAAGAACGAGAGAACUUUUACAGAAUCUCAACAAUUAUUGUUGAUCACGGGAAAGAAUCAUUGACUUUGCUGUUAGAAAAUGAACUAAAAGCUAGCAAUCAAACUCUUGAGGAUUUUAUUAACUUGAAUCAGCAUGAAAUAUACCAUUUAUGCUUUAACCAUGUUAACAGAUAUGCAUGUUGCCAAUGUAAAAAUGGUACAUUAUCAUUUACAAUGCCCGCGAGUAGAGUUUUGCAUCCUGAUCAAUUAAAUAUACUCCUGGACAAAUCCGGUCAACAACUACCUGGUCAUACUACAAGGAGCUCGUUACAAUUUUGUUGUUGUCCAGCAAAAUCCACACUUACAACAAAACAUCUGGAUUUGACAAUUCUUCGAUGUCUGCUGAUAAAUUUUGCCUCGAUCUGUCCUAAGAAUAGCAACAUUCGACUUGCAGUUGAUGACCUUAUUGGAUAUCGAAAUAAAUUGUAUGGACAUGCGCAAGAAGCCAGAUGUUCAGAUAGUGCCUAUAUACUAUAUAAAAGUCAAAUAGAGACUACAAUUCUCACUAUUGCAAAAUCAUGUAAUAAAGAAAGUGAAAUGAAACAAAAACUCAAAGAUGCUGAGGUUCGACCAUUAGAUGAAACAAUAUGCCAACAAUAUCAAAACUGUUUGUUGUUUGAUAUUCAGCGGAAUGAAGACAUUAAAACGGAAAUAAAGCGUUUAGAAGAGCAAUCUAGACAAAAUGAUGGUCAAAUUGUUCAGUGCAUUUUGGAAACAAACAAUACUAUUACUACUAAUAUUUCGUCACUCAAAAAAACUAUUACAGACAAAAUCGAAGGACUGCAUUUGGAUGUUGUUACUAGGGAUGAUAUCUUGUACGAACGAAUACAAAGUAUGGAGGUUAAAGUUAAUGUUGAAGUCAGCAAACACACAACAGACAUCAUUAGGACGAAAGAAACAGAGAAAGAGGAUCGACGGGCGAAACAUGCAGAUCUUAUCGGACAUAUACAACAAACAGAGCACAGUAUCAUAACAAAAACAGACGAAAAAACAGAAAAUAUUAUCACACAAGUAGAAGAAGUAAAACAAGAGAUAAAUGAUAAAAUUAUCAACCUGGGUGAGAAUCUUAAAGAAGCAAUAAGCAGUGAGGCCGGAAAGUUGGGAAACAUAGAUGUAAGAAAACAAAAUCUUAUAGAUCACAGCAAUGCGAUCAUCCAAUGUCAUCUGGAAGAUGAAACAUUUGUUAAAACAUAUGCACUUGAGAAGGGAAGGACCGUAUUGAAAGAAGAAAACCUCUUGAUUCUCUUAGCGAAAGGAGGGUCUGGAAAGACACAAAUAGCUCGUCGUUUAGCAUCUAUUUACAAAGACGAAGGGUACGUUCCACUUUUCUUCUCAGACAAAGAUGUAAUUAAGUACAGAGAUUUAAUUUCUUUAGAUGAAAAGCAUGUCGUCAUUGUUGAAGAUCUGUUUGGUAGGAUAAACGUUGACUUUUACGAAGAUGACCAUAGAAAUAUUCUGGAUAUUUUGUCAAAUUGUUUGAAGAAGUCUUCGCAUCUGAAAAUGAUAUUCACAAUCAGAAAUGACCCGAAAUGCGAGGAAAACAUUUUGACAAAGCACAAUAUAUUUGAUAAAAAGUGUAUUCUUAAUUUGGAUAAUAAUUUGAAACUUUCAGAUGAAGAACGUAUUCUCAUUCUUUUGAGUCAUAUGAAAUAUAAUUCGAUUAUACCUUGUAAAAGUCCAGUAAAGGUAGAUAUAUUGUUUGACUACAAUCCCAUACCAUGCUGUUCGUCUGAAUGUACUGCUGAUGUCUUAAAGUUAUCAAACGGUAGUACUCAAAUAUGUACUGACAUAUUGUAUACAUGCUGUAUGUGUGACACAUUUCUGGGAUUUCCGGAAACCUGCCGUAUGUUUUGCAGCGAUGAAUCACUGACAUUUCUUGGUAUAGCAUAUUUCCAUAACACUAACAAAUCCUUAGUUGAUAAGAUAAACUCUCUGUUCUCAAAAUGCUUCGAUACCUUAUCAUGCAGAUAUCAGUACUGUGUAUUGGUAUAUACUGCUUUGAAAUGUAAUUUCCUCGAUAACAAUAUUUUAGGAAGCCAUAUUGAAAAAGAUGAAUUGUUCCGAAAGAUAUUUUCAAUAUUUGAUGAUAAGGAAACAAAGAUAAGAAAAACAUUAGUCCAACAAGCUAUACGUGAACUUGAAGGUGGAUAUCUUAUCAAAAGCUCACAGUAUAGUGAGUUUCAUCUAGAUUGUACUUAUCUUCCAAGUGGGAAUGCUUACAUGAUAAAACACCAGGCUGUUUGUGAUGCUGUUCUGGUUUCAUUUGGUAACGAAUGUCCCGAAAUAUUACUCGAUAUGGACAUCUGCGAUCUUGGAUUCUUUUUGAACUAUAUCAGACCAAGCAUCAAACCACCUGAUGCUAAUUCUUCCGUCAUUCAUGUUAAUCCUAAGCUAGUCCUUGAUAAACUCUUUCAUUUUGUGGAGAAAGAAAUUUCUUUUCAAUCCAUGAAAAUAGAAAAAAUAAUAAGUAUAUCCCAUCCAUGGCGUCCUAUGCCAAUUAAAGAUGAAGAUGAUGUAGACGAUAAUGAAGAACAAACUAAUGAAGCAAAUAGAUCACACGAUGAACUGGCAGAGAAAAUUUGCAAUGGAAAAAGUACUGAUGAAAUACAUGUCUUACAGGAUCUACAGACAGAGGGUCCAGGUAGUGAUACGGAUGAUAUCAAUACCUCAUUCGAUCUACAGACAGAAGAUCUCGGUAGCGAUACCGAUGAUAUCAAUACCUCACUCGAUCUAAAGACAGAGGAUGGUGGCAGCGAUGAAGGUAGCUCAGACGACGACUAUGACGAAUAUGAAAAUCAACAGUUUAAUGAAAACGCAGGUCGAUUUAUACGUGGUUAUUCAGAACAGGUAGGGGAAUAUAUUCGGAAAUGCAUAAUUGAAAAGAAAUAUGCUACAUUUGUCAAAACUUUUCUAGGAAAACUUUCAAAACUGUCACCCCCGCCACUUGAUCAAAUAACGAGGUUUUUUAAUGGACUAACUAGAAGAGGCACCUGCUUGAUGAAUUUAGACAUCAAUUCCGACAUCAUUCGUGAUUUUACAUUAGAUUAUGCUGACUUAAGUGUCUUUUGUCUACUUUUUAGACCUGAGAGUUCGAGUGUAAAACAUUGCAAGUUUUAUAAACUGGACGAUAAAUCACUCCAAGAAAAACUAUGUGCGAUCAUCGACGGAAACAAGAAAUAUAAAAUUAUUACAGAAAUUGGCAAAUUUUUAUACAGAAUGAGAGUUGAAAAAGGAAAUGAUGAAUUUCUCAAAACAUUUUUGGCCAAAAUUCUAAGUGAAUAUCAAAAUCAAGAUAAUCUGUAUAAAAUUCGAUACCUUAUUGAUGGUAUGUCCAGCAAAGGCAAACAAACGGAUAUUGUUUCUCAUUUUAAAGAGUUCAUGCAAAAAUAUGUAUUAGUCUACGGAAGUAUUAAAGCUAUCAUUGGCCUUUGGGAAGUACUAAACACUGAAACAUUCCAAAGCAGUCAGCCGCUAAGCAAUCCACCUUUGAUGGUUGUUCUAGAAGAUAAGUUCAGAAAUCACAUGCUGUUCGGCACAGAUGUAGAACAUGGAGUCGACUAUAAAAUACAAACCCAGGAGUAUGGAGCAUGCGUAUACAAUCUGGCUGUAAAAAUUCAAGACCACAAAUGUAUUGAUGAGCUGAUACUCAAACUUUAUGACAUUUACACAACUUCUCUGCGUGGUCGAUAUUUAUGGGCAUCACCUAACAAUAUUCAUUUCUUAUUCUAUUUCUAUAGAGGAUUCACUAACUUUAAAAUGCGAAAAGAUGAGGCAUUGAAACUGUGUCCUCUAGGAAUGGAAAAACUGACAUGUCAUAAUAAGCGGUAUAAAGUAUUUCUAAAAACAGUAAGAGAAGGUAUACGUAAUCAGACAGGUGACUAUUGUGUAGAGUUUAUUCAAAUACUAAUGAAUAUUAACAUCCUUGAUCCAAAAAUUGACUUUUUUGAUGUAAUUUUUUCUGGUCGUUAAAUCAUUUGCUAUUUUUGUAUCGUCUAAUCAAGCUUAGUUUCAAUAUAAUACUGUUGCCUUAUUCAUGUUAUUCCUCAAAGCAUUGUCCCAAACGCACGAGUAAA